GUAUUUGCAAAUGCUUAUUUCAGACCGGAGUCUACUGGUUCCAAGACUAAUUUUCUUCGUGAUCGGACAUUUUGAUCAGUUGGUUCAAUUUAACUCUAAAUUGGAAUAAAUUAUUUCUGUACGUCGGAUUUUGCAAACCGAGAUGGUGUUUUUGAAGAUGCCAAACAAAGGAUUUUCACCGCUAUGGCCGAUCUUCUGUUUCGCCUCACUUUCAACGCUGCGCUUUGCUCGUGGAGAUCUGAGUUAUUCUUUUCCCGAAGAGAUGAAUCGUGAAUCUGUGAUUGGAAACAUAGCCAAGGAUCUGGGCGUUGAUCAGGGUAGGUUAGCGGCACGACAGGCCCGUCUUGAUUUUGAGGGCUCUCGUAAGCGCUACUGUGACAUCAAGAUGAAUACCGGAGAUCUGAUCACAUUGGAGAGGAUCGACAGAGAGAGUCUUUGUGGCAAGAAACCAUCGUGUGUUCUUAAGGUGGACCUGGUAUUAGAAAAUCCUUUAGAGCUCCACCGUGUUAGUCUUCAUAUUCAGGAUGUAAAUGACAACUCGCCAAAAUUUAAAAAGAGCUUGAUCGAAAUGGAAAUAAGAGAAUCAGCAGAAAAGGGUAAUCGCUUUUCAAUUGAGGAGGCCCACGACGCAGAUAUAGGUCAGAACGGUGUUCAGCGCUAUAUCUUACAGAAGAACGACAACUUUAUUCUCUCUGUUGACAGUAACAGAGUAGAACUCGUGCUGGAACAUAAACUUGAUCGGGAAAAACAAAACGAGAUGAAUUUGCUUCUCACAGCUGUGGAUGGUGGCUCUCCUCAGAGAUCAGGUACUGUAGUGAUACACGUUACUGUACUGGACGCUAACGAUAACGCCCCAGUGUUCAGCCAGGCCGUUUAUAAAGCCACGCUUCCUGAAAACUCUCCUUUAGAUACAACAGUGAUUAUUGUAAGUGCGACCGACGCAGAUGAAGGAGUGAAUGGGGAUGUGACGUAUGACUUUGGACACGUGUCCGAAGAUGAUAUAAAUCUGUUUUCCAUUGAUCCUAAAAGCGGAGCAAUUAAAGUAACAGGUGUUAUCGAUUUUGAAGAAACCGGCUCUUUUGAAAUGCGUGUGGAAGCUAAAGAUGGUUUAGGAUUAACUUCUUACGCUAAAGUUAUAAUAGAUGUUACUGAUGUAAAUGACAAUGCUCCAGUGAUAUAUCUGAAAUCUCUUAAUAAUCCCAUACCCGAGGACUUGUCACCUGGUACAGAGGUGGGCAUCGUUAACGUGCAGGACAGAGACUCCGAGAAAAACAGACAGGUUCGCUGCUCCAUCCAGCAAAAUGUUCCGUUCAAGUUAGUUCCGUCUAUUAAGAACUAUUAUUCUCUGGUGACCACAGGACAACUGGACCGUGAACUAGUGUCUGAUUACAACAUUACCAUCAGUGCCACUGACGAGGGUUCUCCUCCUCUGUCCUCCUCUAAAACCGUUCACUUAUCUGUAGCUGACGUCAACGACAACCCACCUGCGUUUGAGGAACAGUCCUACAGCGCAUAUGUGAGUGAAAACAACAAACCUGGCUCCACCUUAUGUUCCGUUGCUGCUCGAGACCCGGACUGGAGACAGAACGGUACCGUGAUCUACUCUCUGUUACCUGCUGAGGUGAACGGUGCCCCGGUGUCGUCCUAUGUGUCAGUGAACGGAGACACGGGGGUGAUCCACGCUGUGAGGUCGUUUGAUUACGAACAGUUCAGGAGUUUUAAAGUGCACGUGAUGGCCAGAGACAACGGUUCUCCUCCUCUCAGCAGCAACGUGACCGUCAGUGUGUUCGUGUCGGAUGUGAACGACAACUCUCCUCAGAUACUGUACCCCGCCCCGGAGGGCAACUCGUUCAUGACCGAGCUGGUCCCCAAAGCUGCACACGGAGGCUCUCUGGUGUCCAAAGUCAUAGCGGUGGACGCGGACUCCGGACAGAACGCCUGGCUGUCCUAUCACAUAGUCAAAUCCACUGAUCCGGGACUUUUCACCAUCGGUGUCCACAGCGGAGAGAUCAGGACGCAGAGGGACGUUUUAGAGUCUGACAGCAUGAAGCAGAACCUCAUUGUGUCGGUGAAAGAUAACGGACAGCCCUCUCUGUCUGCCACCUGUUCCAUGUAUUUACUGAUCUCUGAUAACUUGGCUGAGGUGCCAGAACUGAAGGAUAUUUCUUACGAUGAGAAGAAUUCCAAGCUGACGUCGUAUCUGAUCAUUGCUCUGGUGUCCGUGUCCACGUUUUUCCUGACCUUCAUCAUCAUCAUCCUGGGUGUGAGGUUCUGUCGUAGGAGGAAGCCCAGACUGUUGUUUGACGGAGCAGUAGCCAUCCCCAGCGCUUAUCUCCCUCCUAAUUACGCAGAUGUUGACGGCACAGGAACUUUACGCAGCACUUACAACUAUGACGCCUACCUGACAACAGGCUCUAGAACCAGUGACUUUAAGUUCGUGUCAUCCUAUAAUGACAACACGCUGCCUGCUGACCAGACUCUGAGGAAGAGUCCGUCAGACUUUGCUGAUGCUUUUGGAGAUUCGGAUGGUUCUCCUGAGGUAGGAUUUUCACAUAACAUUUUUCUUAUUGUCCUACAUUUCUCCAUGUAUUUACAGGCAGUCCAAACAGGCGUUUCCUCUUUUGAUUUUAAUUUACCAUGAUGUUGACACAUUUACCUACCUUACUACGAGAGUAUUCCCCGUUAUAUAAUUAAUUCAAAAGGUCGAACUUAAGUGAUAUGUUUGGAAUUUGAUCUUUUCUAUUGGUGUUGUGUUCUUAAUGGAUGCAUUUCCCUUGUAAUUGAUUCACUAUCACAUAUAUUUGUUGCUUCUAUUUUUAUGACGGAAAAUAGAACUAAAAAUAUAUAUAUAUUUAAUUUUUUUAAUUUUCAUGCACUUACGCGCCAUUCACUACUCAAACUACUAACAUUACAUUUGCAGUUUUUAAUUUCAUAUUUGUAUUUCAAAUGGAAAAUUUUAAGAAAUAGACCCCUAAAGGAGUUUUUAAAUACUUCGUAUAUUGUUUCCUGGCUUUUUUGUUGGUGAACCAUGAAGAAAGCGAGUUUUUGACAUUUCAGUGCCUGUCCUUGGUGCUGAAGUUUAUUGUGCUUCAUAAACUUCGUCGGGGGAUCUCCAUGUCUUUUUGUAUACAUUUUUCAACAUUGGAACUAUAAUAAUUUUUGUCUUUUCAUGUUAUAGUUUGUUAGUGUUGUCUUUUUAAAUACUUUUGAGUUAUUUUGUAUAUGACAACCCUAAUGACUCC